AUGCGCCUUCUGAUCCAAUCUGUGCUGCGCUCUGCUGCGAACGCGAAAAGGGGAAUACACACGACUUCGGCGUACACAAAAGAGGCGUUUUCCCCAAGCACGUACACGCCGGUGGCUGCACUGAGCAGCGACAACAUCGGUGCGCGACUGUCGCGCACCAUCUUGCACACUGUUCCUGAAGAAGAAGCCAAGCUGCGCAUUGAGCUUGCAGCUGCGUAUCGCCUAUUUGAUCAUUUCAGCUGGAACGAUGAUGUUGUGAACCACUUGACAGUUAGUAUCACCGAGCCGGAUGGCUCGAAAUCGUUCCUCAUCAACCCGUACGGGCUGCGCUAUGACGAAAUUACUGCGAGCUCACUGCUCAAAAUCGAUGCCAAAGGCAAUGUACUGAACCCUGGUGUGGUCGGCGAUAUUUUCACUGCGAACAAGGCCGGUUUUGUUAUCCACUCUGCCAUCCACGCGACGCCCAACACGAAAGCACACGCAGUGCUGCAUUGCCAUGAGCCGACAAUUACCGGCAUUGCAAGCACGAAAGACGGUUUUAUCUCGUCGCUUUCGCAAACCUCGUCGAUUAUCGGGCCCGUUGCGUACCACGAUUUUGAAGGCAUUGUCGUGGAUGAAAAAGAGCAGGCCACGAUUGUCAAGAACCUUGGCGACAAGGAAGUGCUUCUUUUGCGCAACCACGGCGUGAUUACGACGGGCCAAACGAUUGGCGGCGCGUGGUACCGGAUGAAUUUAUUGCUAAAAGCUGCAGAAAUCCAAAAGACUACGCAGUCGAUUGCCACUGCCGGUGGGGGUAUUUACAUGCCGAAACAAGAGGCUGCGGACAAGGCACACCAAGUCGCCAAGACAUUUAGUGGACACACGCUUGGCGUUAUGGAAUUCUCUGCAUACAUGCGCAUGCUAGACAAGAUGGACCCCUCGUACAGGCUAUGA